GCCUCACACGAACCGCCGAAAUUAUAGUUAGUGACCCCCAACGGAUACUUCGAGAUAUACUCUUGACUACCGAGAACGCUAUACCGAGACGGAACUGCCACUUUCGUAGUAUACGCGGGGGACGAAGAUGAUUCGAGAGUGCCGCUAACGAACCGUCAAAGGGGUCCCUUCGGGAUCACCUAAGAGGGGACCGUCGUAGACCAAUCCUCGGCCAAGCGAAUUUGACAAGUCCGUUUCGACAGACUAGAUUAUUCUACUGAUUACUGAUAGAUCGUUUCAGUGAAGUGUUUCGAAAAGACUGACGAAUAUAUUUGUUCUCGUUUCGAUAGGACUAUAUUUGUAUAUCAGAGUGCGUGAUAUUAUGCGAGAGUUUCAGUGGCGAAUAAUGACGAAUGUGAUGUCGUGUAUUUGAUCGGUAACUGCAGUCAGGUAGACGGAGAAUUUGGAGUCGAAAGUUUGAGACGCGAAUAUUUACAAUACAGCUGUGCAUUAGAAGAUAAAAUUUUAGAAGAAUAAAAUUACCUUGGCUUGGCUCUCGUCGAAAACACGUCUCGAAAACUUUAACUUCUACAAAAGUUGAUAUUAUAUAUCCAACAGAAAUAAUAAUCUCCCUAAGUCUAUUAAAGAAAGACUAAAAGAAUAAGCAAUUCGCUGCCAGAUUUAUACAACACAAUGCAUACUUAUACGAAGCAACUCGAAGAGAAUUACGAAUCGAGCAUUUAUCUCGCCUACAUUAUAAAGAAGACUUGCUAAAAUUUUAAUGACAUCGUGAAAAUAAGCUACGGUUGCUUCAGAAUUUUGGAAAAGAGUUUGGAUUUUUGCGAGGAAAGAAUGUCGGACUGUCGAGCCUGAUUCGAGAGAUCAUGCGUUCGUGAAGAAUGCUCGCAAGGCUCGCCUGGUUCAGCGGCUGAACCGAAUGGGAGGAUGUUUCAUCCGGUGUUCUGACUGCCUAUGGAUAUAUUCGGCCGUUGCAACGGCGGCGGCAGCGGAAGCACGGUAGCCGGAAACGGUGCUGGCUCGGUAAGGACAUCCAGCAACGAAUCCGCGGGUGGUGGUGGUGGUGGUGGUGGCGGUACGUCGAGCGGUACCAGUGAGAGCGGUAGCAGCGCAAGCGGCAGGAUGCAGUUGACAGGAGCAUCGGCUCCUGGCGCGGCCGCCUCGCCAGAGUCAGGCGUCUCCCCGUUGACCGACGCCUACACUAAGAUGACCAGCGACAUCCUCGCUGAGAGGACUCUGGGUGACUUCGUUAGCGAGCAUCCCGGCGAGUUAGUUAGAACAGGCUCGCCACAUUUGGUCUGUACCGUUCUGCCCGCACACUGGAGGUCCAAUAAGACUCUUCCGGUGGCUUUCAAAGUCGUAGCUCUCGGCGAGGUGGGCGACGGUACCUUGGUGACUGUUCGCGCUGGCAACGACGAGAAUUGUUGCGCCGAGCUUAGAAAUUCGACGGCUCUGAUGAAGAAUCAAGUCGCCAAGUUUAACGACUUAAGGUUCGUCGGCAGAAGCGGAAGAGGCAAAAGUUUCACCUUAACGAUAACGGUGUCGACGACGCCGCCUCAAGUCGCCACUUAUAGCAAGGCGAUUAAGGUGACAGUUGACGGGCCGCGCGAGCCGCGAUCCAAGACCAGUGAGUAUCACUUGCUGUCUCUUUUAGGGCAGCAACAACAGUUUCAUGCCUUCGCGUUCGCCUCGCAACGAGGCGGUCCAUUCUUCGCCUCGCCCUUGGUGGACCCGUUGCAACCUCUGCCAAAUCCGUUGCAACCAUUACCAAAUCCGCUCCAGCCGAGGGAUCCGUUGUCUUCUUUUAGACACGCGAUGCCUGGCAAUUGUCAGAACAUGUCCCAGUUCGGCCUGACAGCGAGCAAUUCUUGGGGAUACGGUAGCACGGCCGGCUACGCCGGCUACCUUCCGGGUCCCCUCUCGUCGUGCGCCGCACAGGCCUCGUUCCCACCUCCGCCGCCACCCCCUCCGCCGCCGCCGCCGUCGUCCACGUUGGCGUCUUUCGCCGGCACGGCCUCCAUGACUACGCCGACGGCACCGGACUCGACGGCGGGUUCGACUGUCACAUCCGCCACCGGCAAUACCGGCAGCGCACCGCAGCAGGACGCAUUCUCCGCGGUCUCCUCUCUCGUACCGGACACCACGACACCAGGUCAGUCCGAUCCGUUGGAUCCGCUGAGCAGCCUCAUGUCCGGCGGCUCCUCCAGCCAGAGAUAUCAGGACUACGUGUCGCCAAGAUCACUGUCCACUGACUCUAGCACGACCGAGAGCCCGGUGCACGAGGAGCAGGGCUUCGGGCAGAAUUACGGCAACUACUUCCCGACGCCCGGCGUGCUGCCCAGCAUCCUCUACUCCCAGCUCUACGGGAAUCAGUUCCAGAAUCCCGAGAGCGCCGAGCAGAGGGCCGUCGCGGACAGUUGCAGCGUGAGGCAAGAGGAAGUCAGACCGGACAACAACGUCUGGAGGCCGUACUGAGAGGCGGAGGCGAGCGAUUCCUUAUCUAACAAUUCGGCUAUCGAGAAAUUUGGCGACUUCUGGAAGACAAGAGGGAAGUAACGCUUAACAAGCUCUCAGCUCUCUUGGCUGUUGGCUGUUGGCUGUUGCGGCGACAUCGUCGAUCGUAAUUGUAAUGUGAACGGUGGUGAAUUCUUUGAGGACUAACGAAGUGUCGAGGACGAUUCUCGAUGGCGAAUUAGCACUAGUGGGCAUUAAAACUUGAUCCGGAAGGAAAUCUCGGAGGGGCGAGUCAGCGUUCACCGAGGGACCGUUUCUUCUUUUCCGGAAAGCUUCGGGCUAAUAAAAAAAAAAUUGUUUUACCGGUUGUGUGUGUCUCACGCCAAUGAAUCUUAGGGAUGAAAAUGAGCGAGGGGAGAUUUGUAAUUAAGUGCGAACGAAAUUGCGUACGAAAGAGCGUGCACGGAUGUGAAAGUGGUGAUGACGACUUACAAUAAUGAUUAUCCACACAGGGAUGUAUAUACGUGUACAUAAAGCUAGAAACAUUGUCGUUUCAUCGAAUCAUUACUCGCCGUCGUUUUCAGCGAUGCGAUAUUUCAGUUUCAUCGAUUACGUUUUCAUAGUAUAUAUAAUUGUCAACGACUGCUGCGGGACUCGUGCAAUAUCGUCGAGCGACUGACGUCGGCGAUUAGCUUACCUUUCUUUUUUUUUUUUUUGUAAAUAACAUAUAUCUUCCACGUUGCGCGCGUUCAGUUUCCCUUCGACCCGCGUUUUCGUCAAAAAAGAAAAAAAAAGAACUCCAUUUUUCGGACUGAAGAAAUUCGGCUCCACGCUUUCGGCGAGAUAUUUGCAGCGACGUCUAAGUUAUCUUGAGAAUUAUCGACCGAUUCGCGAAAGUCGCUACCGCACGUGCGGUCACGUUCCGGUCGAGCCAGCCGAUAAAAUCAAAAUGAGAUUCGAUUCGCGUGUGAGGUGUGAAAAAGUUUUUCCUGUCGCGUGAAAAUGUCGCCGCGGGGGGGAGGGAGCGCGCGAGCGGCGAAAUGCUCGCGGAGUAUUCAACGAACGAAUGAACGAACGUGCCGGCAUCGAAGAUCGCGUUACAUCGAAAUUUCUGCCAAAGAAAACGAAAGCCCGAGGGACAAAACUCGCGAAAAUAGUUUUCCGCGAGUAACACCGCGCCGCGCCGGCGAGAAGCUUAUCCGUUUUUGUAAACCGGCGACGGGGCACACUCUGCGUUUCCGAAAAAUGAUUUCCGAUAUACAUAUCUACCGACCUAUUGUUAUCGUAGUUUUUGACCGAGUCGAAGUAAAAGUGUAUUUCA